CAUUGCUACUUCAAAUGAUAAAAAUGGUGAUGAUAAGAGUGUUGGCGUAUCAUAUGCGGAAAUAAAUGAUGAUAAAUUGGAUUGGACAGCAGAUGGUUUUGUCAAAAAAUUUAUUCAUUGA